GGCGAGUAAUAUUAGCGGUAAAAAGUUGGAUUCGAUCUCCUUAUCCACACUUUCCUUUCAUCAUCUCCACCAAGCCCACGCUUUCGCAGUUGAGCUCGCAUUUCAGCUCAGCUCAGCUCAAUGACAAUGGCUGCUGCUUCUUCUUCUUUUAUAAUCCCAACCCUGUCCUCCGCCUUAUCCAUACUUCAUUCUCCCUCUCCUUCAUUCGUCGGCUUCAAGGCUCUCCCCGGCGCCCCAAGGCCACUGCUGCGCCACAAAAAAUGGAACAACCAUUCCCAGCUCGUCGUCAAGGCCGAAACAUUGGAGUUCCCCGGAUCGUUAUUUGAAGGCGGGAUUGGAGAAGAUGACGACGAGCCGCCAUCGAUUCCCGGCUGGGGUAUUCCCAAUAUUGAAGAUAAAGAGGAGCCCCAGUGUCCUCCGGGGCUCAGGCAGUAUGAAACCAUGGCGGUUUUGCGCCCCGACCUGUCGGAAGAUGAGCGCCUAACUCUCGUCUCCAAAUAUGAAGAGUUGCUUGUUGCUGGUGGCGGGAUGUAUGUGGAGGUUUUUAACCGAGGGGUUAUUCCUCUCGCUUACAACAUCAAGAAGAAAAACAAAGCCGGAGAGACCAACACCUACAUGGACGGGAUUUAUCUCUUAUUCACCUAUUUUACCAAGCCGGAGUCCAUAGCAGCCCUUGAAGCUACACUGAAUACCGACGAUGAUGUCAUCCGUUCAUCCAGUUUCAAGUUGAGGAAAAGGAAGUUUUGAUUUGUUUACUUGCAUUAUCCAAGAAGCUGUUCUUUUAAGGUUUAGCCAUGUUUCUGAGGUAAUUUGGAAAUAAGGACCAAAAAAAAAUAGGUAUAUUUGUUUCUACUGACAAUCUGACAUGUUGUACAAUGCAACUCAUUCUGAUUAAUCCCCAGAUUGUGCACUAAUCAUUAAACAAUUAUUCUUCAACUCAAAUUUGAUCAUGAAAAAUUUUUCCACUGUCA